GACAUCCGGUUGGUGUUUGGCAGGCGAAAUAGUAAUCAUUCGUACGGCAUGUGGUGGUAUCCACACUCAGAGCAUUCCAACAUCAGAGGUCACUAACCCACCGGGAUUAUUACUCAUUAUACCCUUCAACCAGUUGAGGACGCAAGAUGCAUCAACUCAGCUGAGCGUCUGAUGGAAUGGAAAUCAAACUCUAGAACUCAGCUCUGAUCUUGAACGACUGUUUUUGCUGUUUUCAUUUGGAUUAUUCGAAGAAGCACUUGAUAGCUUAAAAGAUCGGUGAUCCCGUGUGAUAGGGGGUACGGCAGCCUGCUCGUUGGCUUCAUCCUCAACGAUACAUCAUAUCCGAAGGUGAAUCCUUGAGCAAUCCACAAGUCAAGAUCUUCGAACUGCUUACAUCGCACCCCGUGAAGCAUGGGUCAUAGACGUGUGGAUCUUUACUUGUUUGGAAUUAUCUUUCUUGCUCUACAUCGGCCAGACAUUGCUACUCUUCGAACAGGUAUCCCAUGGCCUUACAGAAACUCAGCACACUAUUGGCCGAUGGAUCAUCAAGUCGGACUUCUCGAUAUGAAAACCAACAUGACAGGAAACCACAAUGGCAAAGCGAACCAGAUACAUUUCCAGGGGCCAGGAAACGGAGUUCUUUACGUCAACAAGAGCGUCCGUAUAGUUCUAGGGACAUUCUGGGACCAGUGUGUUGUGGACCCCUCUAAAUGCAGUACCCCGUUGACAGUGUCCCUGUGGAUAAGGUACUCUCGUCGAAAGAAUGAGAACAUGUCCAGUAAGCAGUUCAUUGCCGGGACAGAAGCAGGGUUCAGGACCCCUGGGUUCUCAAUACACCACGUGCCCCACCAAAAGUCCCAGGAAAGGUUCAUCGUCAAGGUAAACAAUGGGGGGACCGUCUGGGCAGGGAGCCUUAACGUCACCUCCGACAAAUGGACCCAGAUGUCGUUCACUUGGACGAAUACGACUGGCCUCAAGUUGUACAAGAACUGUAAGAACGUGACCGGCUACCUGGCGGGCCAGGCCAUCCCGUGGGGGGUAGGCAUGGGGAAGACAGCGCCAAAGGAUCAUAACCUGUACUUGUCCAAAGCCCCCGGUCAGGGGAGGGGUGCGUCUCGGAUUUCGUAUGAUGACGUAGCUGUGUGGUAUAGUGACUUGGUGGAAGACCACUUCAUACUUCUGUGCUCCGACAAAGUUGAUGCGCCAAAUAUGCAGAGUGGUUGUACCGCCGGCAGCAGCUGGCUCAAGGUCUCCUGGGUACCCCCUGCGGCGAUGUAUGAUCACGUGACUGGAUACAACGUCUGGUACCAGUACCCAGACACUCCAUGGGAGAAGUCCUUCGCGGCGCUACCAGCGCGCAUGCGCAACAUCACGAGCCUUAAACCAGCAUCAGUGGUAAAUCUGCGUGUUCAGAACAAGCUUCUCAACAGCUACGGGCGAAUAAGCGAGAUCGUUACCUGCAAGACCACUAAGAUUCAGACUCCAAUGCCAGUGAAUGUCGCUAUCACAGCAACGUCUUCGAGAGCCCUUUUCGUCGAGUGGGACACCCAAAAGAAUCGCAAAGAGCCGCUGGGAUUUCUGGUCAUGUACAAGACUUAUGACACCGAUGACUUCAUCAAACUUGACGUUGGUCCGCUCAGGCAUUACCUUAUCUCCGACUUGUCUAUGAAUACUCGCUAUGAUAUCCGACUCGUAGCCUACGGCGGCAAGGACUACAAGGACAGCAGCCCAGUAGAUAUCACUGCCUCCACCGACAAAGAUGACAUGCGCUCUGUAUUAUCCGUCAGCAUCAAUCUAAUCAGUCCUAGUGCCCUGAACGUGAGCUGGUCGCCGCCGCUUGACCCGUACGCGAAGUACUGGUACCGAGUGUUCAUGCAGUGGACACAGGGCGACCGCUCGAUGAUGGCGGAGAUAUACGCGGGUAACAGGAGCACCUGCGUAGCCCGACGAGAGCAGAUCCCUUUCCCGCACACGAUCUCUGUCAUGGCGUUUGUCGGCGAAGUGGUCCCACCGAGGCCUAUUCAAGGGCCAGUCAUGAACGCCUUGGUGAGUUACGUCACAUGGGAAUCGUCAAUAAUCACGUGGUCGCCACCCGCGGGGUUUGCCGGGAAAUACAUGAUAGACAAGUACAUAGUUACGCUGAGAUCCGGGGGAGUUCGGCAGAGCUACACCACCUUACAAACCAGGCUAAAAGUAGUGGGCAUGGAACAACUAACGACAUACUUAGUGAACGUGUUAGCGGUGAACCGGGCAGGAAUGAGUCCAGCCUUGGUGGAAGACAUCGAGUUUGUCACGAAAGAUCGCGAUGAAUGUGCCGACCGCUCUGCCGCCACGUGUGACGACCCGGACGCUGUUGUGUUUAAUCAAAAGAACUGCCAUGGAAGCUUUACCCGUUGUCAUGGUACCGCCACCUGUGUCAACACUAAGGGUUCAUACUAUUGCAAGUGCGGACCAGGUUUUGUGGGGAAUGGCUUUCUAUGUAGAGUAGAAUCCCCCGGUCUCAGUGACAAAGACUUCUGCGGUCCAAUUACAACGCAAAACAUCAAGUGGUCACGCACUCUGAAGGGUCAGACGGACGUGACAAGCUGCCCUAAAGACGUCACGGGUGUUGCAAGAAGAAAGUGCAAAGAGCAAGAGCCGGAUCAGGAUGCAUCAUGGGAUACACCGGAUCUGAGCGAAUGCAUUUCGGAGUGGGCUUUGAAUAUCAAAGAGCAGGCUCUGGACCCCAGCGAAGCGGUGACAUCUGUAGCAUCCAAGGUGGCGAAUCUCACGAGUGUGACGAGGGUCGAGGAUAUCUAUCCCGGUGAUCUGUACGCUGUCGUGGACAUUCUUGGACUUCUCUCAGAAAGGGCGGGGUCAAGUAGGAGCUCUGUCCCACAGGCGUCUACAGACUUUACUAAGGCAGUUGUGCAAACGGCGAGCAACAUCCUGGAAGCUAAAACGAUCAACAAGUGGUCCUUUAUACCACCGACAAAGCGCAAGCGUCAGGCGGGAUCUUUGAUGAGCAACCUUGACAAUGUGGCACUAAAGAUGGCUCAGUCUUCAGGAAGUGCAAUCGCCGCUAUGCCUAAUGUCGUUCUGGGUGUGCGCUCGGUUAUCAAUGAAACUGCGCCAGAAGGGAUCGGUUUCCGAGAAAAGUCAACGGACGGGAGUGAUGAGCAUACAGGCAACAUGGUCAUGUUUCCGUCUUCAGAGCUGAGCAAAGGUAAAGAGCCACAGGUGGCUACCUACGUGUCGUACAACCGACUUGGGGAACUUCUCACAAGUGGGGAGUCAGAAAGGAACAUGACUAUUAACUCCGCUGUGUUAUCACUGACGCUCACCCCACUCAAGAGAAAAAGAUUUAAGGAGCCCGUCACUAUUAUUCUCAGUCACGUCAAGGCUAACCGAGGAUUCGGGAAACCCUCCUGCGUGUUCUGGAACAUGUCGCGGUUGCCUGGGUUUUGGUCCAACAAGGGUUGCUAUGUGAACGGGACCAACAGCACUCACACGAUAUGCAAGUGCUACCAUCUGACAGGGUUUGCCAUCCUCAUGAACGUCAAGGGAGACAUGGACGCGAUACUCAAGGGUGAUCACCGCCUUGCUCUCUCGCUGAUAACGUAUAUCGGCAUCGUACUGUCCGUGGUCACUCUAUGCAUCGCGCUACUCACCUUCAUCACGUUCAGGUUUUUGAAGUCUUCCCGAACAUUUCUACACAAGAACCUAUCGAUAUCACUCAUUCUAGCGCAGCUACUCUUUCUGUUUGGAGUCAACAAAACAGAAAUCAAGCUUGUAUGUCAAAUCAUAGCGGCCCUGCUUCACUACCUGUGGCUUGCCUCGUUCGCAUGGAUGGCCCUAGAGGGGGUCAUGCUCUACCUCAUGUUGGUCAAGGUGUUCGGUACGAAGACGAUCACGAACAAGAAAAGAGCUGUCUUCCUCACCUUCGGAUGGGGUCUGCCUGCUGUGGUUGUUGGUGUCUCCGCAGGGAUUUUUCCACAAGGAUAUAGUACACAGUAUUAUUGCUGGCUCUCUAUGGAGCGUGGCUUCAUCUGGUCGUUUGUUGGGCCUGCUUUGGGUGUAAUCGCCUUUAACUUCGUGUUUAUGGGCAUCGCGUUCAGCGUUAUGUCAAAGCGAGGUGGAAAGCAACGUAAACCGAGCAAGAUACGCAAGAUAAGGUACUGGGCUAAGGCGUGUACCCUCUUGACGUGUAUUCUCGGCCUCACCUGGCUGUUCGGGGUGUUUUACGUCAAUAGCGAGACCCUGUUUAUGGCGUACUUCUUCACAAUCUUCAACUCCCUGCAGGGCGUAUUUAUCUUCUUGUUUCACUGCGUUGGCGACGAAAAGGUUCGUCAUGAGUACAUCCGAGUUCUUUGUUGUCGGGAGAAAGGACCAGUGUACACGAGCACAUCCAAGUCCAGCAAAUCCGACUCGACCGCAAAGAUGAUCAAGUCCUCUGAGACUAAUGAUUCUAAUGGCAUCAAGAAUAUGAAGUUCAUAGAUGCUUCCGCUGGAAGCAGUUCGGACGGACGCCCAGUGCUUGUUAUGUUCCAAAGAAGAGGACAGCGUGGCUCCUCUAGUCGAGACGAUGAUGUGGUCAGCGGUCAUAGCAGCCAGCGCAUGAGCGGUGAAAUGAAUCCGCGCGACAGUUUAGCAAGCUUUACCAGUUUUCAUCAGAAUCGUAACAGCGCGCGGUAUUCCCUAGUGUCCAGCGAGAUGUCAGACCCUUUGGUGCGCCUGCAGUCAGGCACAGCUGGCCUGUCAGCGGUGGAAGAACUUCCCAGUACAACAGACGCGUGACACAUGACAUAAAUUCUCCAAUUAAACAACAGCGUAGGACGAAAAUAUGGUGACGAUAUUCACGAGGAACCCCCAACAACACUGGCCUUGUGGAGUCCCGUGGGGGUACAAGACAGUACAUUUGGCCUUGUUGAGCCCCGUGGGGGUUCUAGAGAGUACACUUGGCCUUGUGGAGUCCCAUGGGGGUUCUAGAGAGUACAUUUGGCCUUGUUGAGCCCCGUGGGGGCACUAGAGAGAGCACUUGGCCUUGUUGAGCCCCGUGGGGGUACUAGAGAGAGCACUUGGCCUUGUUGAGUCCCGUGGGGGUACUAGAGAGAACGUUUGGCCUUGUUGAGUCCCGUGGGGGUACUAGAGAGAACGUUUGGCCUUGGCAUAUGUUGAGGCCCCAAUUGAUACUUGUAGCCGCUGAUCACUCUGGAUAUGUUUGGCACGAAGCCAAACAGUGGAAAGCUGACAAGUCAUGCCAGAGCCGACCAGUAUCCAUCACAGUGCUCUUAUGACGAAUAAAUAUCGUGACGGUAUACACGAGAGGAUUGUAGAGACUGUUGCCCAAAAGUACAUUCAUGGCCUUGCUCAGGAGCGAGUGGACAUGGGAGGGGCUGUUGCCAAAAAGUUCAGAUAGCAGACGAAGUUAUUAUUUACAGUCAAACAUAGGGUUCUUAUGGAUUAAAGCAAAGCGUAAAAACUUAUUGUCAAAAUACAAUAGUGCUCAUCCGCGUACGGCUAUUAAUUUGACUGACGCCGUAUCAAUAUGGCAACAAGACACUGGAAUAGUAAAAGGUAAUAGUGAGCCACCACACGUGACCCUUCAAAGAAUUGAAGGUAAUAGGAGUGGUCAAGAAGUUGAAGGGUUUUUAAAACAUUACCAGAAGAUACGAUAUUGGUUAUAGCAAGAUACAAUAUAUAUGGAGAGAUUAACCGUAAUCGCGUAUAAUUGAACAAAUCAGCUUACUUGUUUUGUCGCCGCUGUAAGAUACGCAACAUUCCACUCAUUCAGGUGUAGCUCCUUAGAGCACGGUGUGAUUGAUGAUAGUAUUGAUGUAAAUAUAAACAAUGUAUUUUCACUUACGCGUGAGCUGUAGCACUUGUAAUCGGGAAGAUGGCAAUAUCGUGACAUAAUAGAAAACGUUUUACCCCCCCCCCCCCCCCUCCCCCUACCCCUUAUGGCGACAAGUCGAAAUAAUAAUCACUGAAACAGUGCAUUUUAUACCUCUUCAAAAGCGUUAAAAUGUGUUAUUCACUGUUAACAUGGCAUGUUUAUAAGAAUACUCAUUGACGUUUGCGAUGAAUGUAUUUGAGUCAAUAAAAUGGUAUAAUAAUUA